CUUCUCCAACACAAAGUAAACACAACAACAAACAAUUAACGGUCUUUGGCACAUCAGAACAAUGGCUUCCACAUCUUCUGCAUUCGCCUGUUUCGGCUCCUCCUCUGCUCAUUUCAUGGGCCACAAAGUUUCAAUCAAGGAACCCAGUUCCGUGCCGACAAGUGUCCAAUUCCGGCCACUCCGUGUCUCCGCCGCCUGCGCAUCGGCGGCUGAGAGACCGGUUUCCCACAUUGCUUCUCCAGCGUCACUGUACGAGGUCUUGGGGAUCCAGAUGGGCACCACUUGUCAGGAAAUCAAGGCUGCUUAUCGGAGACUGGCGCGAGUCCUGCAUCCCGACGCCUCAUCUAGCGGUCAAAAUAACGCCACCGCACACGAGUUCAUCAAAGUACAUGAAGCUUACGCCACGCUUUCUGAUCCCGAGAAACGUGCCGAUUAUGAUCGGACGUUGUUGUUCAGACCGAGACGAUCCUUUGCCGUGUCAGCGUCUGCCGCAUCUAUGGCCAGCCCCACGUCUUCUGGAUUUUCUGGUUACACGCGGGGAAGCUGGGAAACUGAUCAAUGUUGGUGACACUUUGGACAAAUCACGAAGUUCAGGACUGGAUUUUUCAGUUGUGUAGAUUUCAGAGUGAUGAAUGGAAACUUCGCCCCCUGAUUUUUAUUGUUUUGGGCCUUCUGGUUUUUGGGGAAAACUGAUAACUGCUAAUACCCCGUCUGUAAAUAGAAAAAGAUUUGACCUAAAACAGGCAGCUUUUUUAUAGUCUGAGUGUAUAAAGUUUGGAUUUUCUUAUAUCAUUCAUGGAUUCAGUGUUCUGUUUCUUUA